AUGUCGGACGAGCUACAUUAUCACAAUGCCUACACUCUUUGCCAACUGCCCUCUGAAAGCUGGACGAGAGUACUAGUUCUCGACCCUGGAGAAUUUGCAGACCCUAUAACCUGCACUGUUCAACUCUAUAAUACAGACCAGCAUGAUUCAGGUGAACCGUAUGAAGCAAUCUCCUAUGUUUGGGGUGAUCCAACCAUAACAUGUUCGAUCCACGUCAAUGGCGUUAUCAUGCGCAUUACCCGCAAUCUGUUCACAGCCCUUCAGCAAUUGCGUUCUAAAGACACACCCAAGCGUUUAUGGACAGAUGCUGUGUGCAUCAAUCAGUCUGACAUUCUUGAGAAGGGUCAACAGGUCAACAGAAUGGGGAUCAUCUAUUCUAAUGCAGCGCGUGUUAUUGUCUGGUUAGGCCCAGACGAAGAAGCGAUAGCUGAGCCUGCCAUUUCUGUCAUCAAAAAGUUCAACCGCCUGGUCGAGAAACAAGCAACGCCUCAACAAUUCUCUUCAUGGUGGGGUCCCCUCCGAGAUCCAGACGGGACUAUUUCGCAGGAGCACAUGAAGCAUGUUGAGAGGAUGUUCAAGCUACCUUGGUUCACUAGAGUGUGGGUGGUCCAGGAAGUUGGCGUGGCCAAAGAAGUUUCACUUGCCUGGGGCUCCGCAAAGACGGAAUUCGUUGAAAUAAUCCAGUUCGUCUGCGCAUGGAGCACCACAAGUCGCAGAGACCAAUUUCGUGACGUGAAGAUUACGUCCAAUUAUUUUGCAUCGCUAUUUGACUAUAUCUGGGCCUCAUAUAUUCCUAGGGCUGUCAAGACAUUUGACGAGGCAUGGUUCAAGAACUCGCCAUUAUUGCAGUACGAGGCGCAAAUGAUGAGAGAGAGACGGACUCUAGAGUUUGAAGACAUUAUAUUUCGCUGCAGAUAUAUACAGAGGGCAACCGAUGUCAGAGACUUUGUCUACUCUUCUCUUGCACAUCCGACUGCAAGGACGAUAGAUGGAUAUCCCAUCAUCGACGCCGACUAUACGAUAAGCGAGGCUGAAUUGCGACUACGACUCUUUUCCAUCAUCAGUCAACGAUCUCUUCGCUUCCUUGGGCUAGUGUGGCAUACACAUAAAGAAGAGUUGACAUCCGGUCUGUCAUGGUGCCCCAGGUUUGAUAGCACGCUGUACGAAAAUAUGCUUGGGAGAUAUGACGCCUCUAGGAAUUUAUCCAUCUUCCAGGAUAGUUCUGCUCCGCAGAUAGAGAAAAGCAAGUUAAAGAUCAGUGCGCUUCUCAUCGACGAAGCUCACCUCUGUGGAGAAGUCGCCGGACCCGUUGAAAAGGCAUUCGAUGACAGUAUAUACGAUGAUCUUAAACCCGUACUGCAUAAAAUCAUAGAAGACUAUUGGUCACUGGCUAAUGAGUCGAAUUCUCGAUGCCCUAGCGCCUACGAAGAUAGACUGAUGGCAUUUGCAAGCACACUUAUUGCAGCAAUCGAGAAAGAACACCACAGAGUCAUUGCCAAACAAUUUGAGCAAUACUGUAGAGAUCAUUGUCCUUCGAUAAGUGAGGACUUCCCAGAUAAUUGGGUUGACAAAUGGGGAUUGAGUCAGCCAGGUGACCCGUUUUUCCCAUUUCGUGAUCGAUGUGCAAGUAACAUCCAGAGUAAGAAAUUUUUCACGACUGCGAGAGGUUACUAUGGUACGGGAUCGCCUCUAGUCCAACCAGGCGAUUUGAUAUGCAUUAUCCCAACGGCUCAAACACCUUUCAUUAUUCGGCGCUUGGAGGGCGAGCAAUCAGCAUAUCACGUUGUUUGCUCUUGUUACAUCUACGGAAUGAUGUUUGGAGAAGCCGUGAAGAAAUGGGGUGAGGAUUUGACUUCAAUGCGGAAGGACAUUAUUCUAGUGUAA